CCACGCCCACCGCGACCCCUGCGGCGGGGGAGCGGAGACCCGGCGGCCUCCCGGCACCGGGCGGGGAGCCGCGGCAGGGCGGGGACGCGCGUGGCGAUCGGGGUCCAGGCGGGACUCCCGGCAGCUCGCUCAGUUCUCAGUGUGCUGCAUCUUGGAGCUCUGGGAAUAUUUGGAUGCUAUUUCCAUCAUGGCAGAAGUCAAGGUGGAGGUGGCCAGCAUAGACUGGCAGAAACGAUGCCUUUCUCUGGAAACACAGCUUUUCCGCUUCCGCCUUCAGGCCAGCAAGAUAAGGGAGCUGCUGGCUGACAAGAUGCAGGAGCUGGAGCAGAGGCUGCUGGAGGCUGAGCAAAGAGCAGAGAAUGCGGAAACUCAGGUGGGUGUGAUGGAAGAGAAGAUAAAACUGUCCAGUCUGAAGAAUGUGGACUCCACAGGCAGCUUGCACCAGAAGUAUCAAGAAUUGCUGAAAGCCCUGCAAAGCAAAGAUGAGCUCAUCAGCCAGCUGGAGGCACAGCUGGAGAAGCAGAAGCAGACAAGAGCUGAAGAAGCCAAAAUUGUUCAAGAAAAAGCUGCAAAGAUCAAGGAAUGGGUGACAGUAAAGUUAGCUGAGCUUGAGAUGGAGAAUCAGCACCUGAAGACCUGUAACCAGCAGCUGGUGGAGCAGGUGGAAGCCCUUCAGGAUGCUCUUGAGGAUCUCCGGAUGACACCUUCAGAGAAGGUGCUAGUGGUCCCUGAGGGAACCCCAGAGGAGGAUCCUGUCCCUUCAGGGCCGGGAGCCCAGCCAGUGGAGCAGGACAAUAAUCUCCAUCCCCAAACUUUGAAGAUGGCCGUGCCUGCGCCUUCCCUGUGUACCCUGAAGAGCAAGGACUCUGUGUCAGAAACCAGAAGCCUCGAGGACUUCAGCAUGGUCCACCCCGGGGAAAUAGCAGAGGCCAAGAACCUUAAACCACAUCUUCAGAGAGAGGGCUCUCCUAGCCAGCAGUUCAUGAAGCCGCGCACCCCCAAACACGAGUCAGCCUCUUACAGGGAAGUUCUGGUCACUGCUCAGGGAGGAACAUUCCCUGGAACCAAGAUCUCUGCCAGGGAAGGUGGCCCUGGUAGUAGCCUGACCCUGCCAAAGGUGCGGGCUUCCAGCAUCUCCCAGAACAGCUUCCAAGUGGCCAAAAGGCACCACAGUCAGCCCCAGGUGGGCCCUGGGCAUUUUGACCAUGUGGUAAGCAUUGAGAUUGGGGCCCUGUCAGCCCUCCACUCAUCUGGCUUCUCCAAGUCUGAAGCAAGAGCUAAAGCCCGGGAAGACACAGAGAAGAUGGAGAUGGAGGAGCCAUCUCCAGCAGGGAAGCAGGAAGAAAGAGAGCGCUCGCAGCUCCCCAGAGCUGAGCUGGAGGACAAGCCACCUACUCCCCCACUGCACCGGUUUCCAUCCUGGGAGAGCAGGAUCUAUGCGAUGGCCACGUCAGGCAUGCAGCUCUCAGAUGUGUCUUCCCGAAGUAAUUCUGCCUGCUGCGCUGCAGGCCCCCCUGCCCUUGCGUUCCCCGGAGCUUUCUCUGGCCUUGUCUACAAGAAUGUCACUGUGCCCGUCUACACAGCGCUGAAGGGGAAAGCCACACAGAUCAGCAAUGUGCCCUUUGUGGAUGAGUCCUCUGGGUCUGAUGAUGACUGCGGCUCUCAAGCGAGUUUCCGGAUGUCGGUCCCCUGCUCUGAGUAUAGGAAGACCAGUGGACUAGGCAGCCCCCGGGCCAUCAAGAGAGGAGUCUCCAUGUCCUCAUUGAGCUCCGAGAGUGACUAUGCCAUCCCUCCUGAUGCCUGCUCACUGGACAGUGACUACUCAGAGCCUGAGCACAAACUCCAGCGUACUUCAUCAUACUCCACUGACGGGGAGGCACUGGAAAAGUCGGGCUACCUGCUGAAAAUGGGGAGCCGAGUGAGGACGUGGAAGAGGCGCUGGUUUGUCCUGAGACAGGGACAGAUCCUAUACUACAAGUCCCCGAGUGAUGUCAUCCGGAAACCUCAAGGUCAAGUAGAUCUGAACUCUCAUUGCCAGAUUGUUCGAGGGGAAGGAGCCCAGACGUUUCAGCUCAUCUCUGAAAACAAAACCUACUACCUAACAGCGGAGUCCCCCAGCCUCCUGGAGGAAUGGAUCCGUGUCCUACAGAGCUUGCUGAAGGUGCAGGUCACUGGACCUCCAGCCCUGCACCAAGGUGGCACCAAGCCUACCGUGAAGGGCUGGCUGACCAAGGUAAAGCAUGGCCACUCCAAGCUGGUCUGGUGUGCCCUCGUUGGGAAAACCUUCUACUACUACCGGAGUCAUGAGGACAAGAGACCCCUGGGCUGCCUACCCGUGCAGGAUGCUCACAUAGAGGAAGUAGAUCGAUCCUGUGACUCAGACGAAGACUACGAGGCUGGGGGAACUGGGCGGUUGCUCUCCUCCCACUGCACCCUGGUGAUCCACCCCCCGGAGCACAGUCCCACCUACCUCCUCAUAGGCACCAAGCAUGAGAAGGAUACAUGGCUUUACCACCUCACAGUGGCUGCGGGUGGCAGCAGCGCCAGGGUGGGCACUGUCUAUGAGCAGCUCAUUGGGAAACUGAUGGAUGGAGAGGGAAACCCAGACUCCCCGCUCUGGAGACACCCCAUACUGUGCUACAGCCGCGAUGGGCUGUGUACCUCCCUCACCACGCUGCCCUCCGAGGCCUUGCAGACGGAGGCCCUCAAGCUCUUCAAGUCCUGCCAGCUCUUCAUCAAUGUGCCUGUGGAGGCCGCCUCGGUGGACUACCACGUGUCCCUGGCACAGACAGCACUGCAGGUCUGCCUGGUUCACCCUGAGCUACAGAGUGAGAUCUACUGCCAGCUCAUGAAGCAGAUCAGUUGCCGCCCUCCUCAGAAGUACUCUCUCAUGCAGUGCUGGCAGCUCCUGGCUCUGUGCGCCCCACUCUUCCUGCCUCAGCAUCACUUCCUCUGGUAUGUCAAACAGCAGCUUCAACGCCAUGCAGAUCCCAGAAGUGAAACUGGCCAGUAUGCCACAUACUGCCAGCGAGCAGUGGAGCGGACCCUGCAGACAGGAGAACGGGAGGCCAGGCCAUCGCGUAUGGAAGUGGUGUCCAUCUUGCUGCGGAACCCCUUCCACCACUCCUUACCCUUCAGCAUCCCUGUGCACUUUGCCAAUGGGACUUACCAGGUGGUUGGAUUUGAUGGCUCCUCCACAGUUGAUGAGUUCCUCCAGCGGCUGAACCAGGAGACAGGCAUGAGGAAGCCAUCCCAGUCUGGCUUUGCCCUCUUCACGGACGAUCCUUCAGGCAGAGACCUGGAACACUGUCUUCAAGGGCGUGUCAAGAUCUGUGAUGCCAUCUCCAAGUGGGAGCAAACGCUGAAGGAGCUGCACCCCGGAAAGUCUGAGGGUGGGACCCGUGUCGCAAAGCUGGUGUAUAAGAACAGGCUAUACUUUCGAAGUCAAGUCAAAGGGGAGACAGAGAGAGAGCGGCUGCUACUUGCCUUCCAAACCAAUGGAGAAAUAGUGCAAGGAAGAUUUCCAGUCACCAAGGAAUUGGCUCUUGAGAUGGCUGCCUUGAUGGCCCAGGUGGAAUAUGGAGACUUGGAGAAGCCUACGCUGCCAGGCCCUGGGAGUACACCUCCUGCCAAAGCUCAGCAUCUCCUCCAGCAGGUCCUUGACAGGUUCUACCCAAGGCGCUAUCGAAAUGGAGCGCCACCUGAGCAGCUGAGGCACCUGGCAGAUACGAUGGCCAUCAAGUGGGCAGCACUCCAAGGCUGCUCCCCUUCUGAGUGCACCCGCAUCUACCUGACUGUGGCUCGGAAAUGGUCUCUCUUUGGUGCUAAGCUCUUUGCUGCUCAGCCUGCCCAGCUGUCUUCCAGUGAGAAAACUCUGGUGUGGAUUGCCGUGAAUGAGGAUGGUGUUAGCAUCCUGGACCACCGCACUAUGCAAGUGCACAUCACUUAUCCCUACUCUUUGGUGACAACGUUUGGUGGCUGCAGAGAUGACUUCAUGCUUGUCAUUAGAUCCACUCCAGACCAGAACUCUGGAAAGAGCCAAAUUGACAAGUUGAUCUUCCGAAUGCCUGCUCCCAAGAUUACAGAAGCUACCUUCAUGAUGGCCAGCUACAUGAACCACUGUUCUGCAACUGUGAACCAAUCAGCCAAGUUGCCUGCAGCCCGCCAGCCCCGAGACCUGGAUGGACAGUUCUUGGCUUCUGUUUCCUGCACUAAGGGGCCAGCUUUGCUGUGAAUGUUUCUCCUCCCCACACCCCUGCUACCACUGGUGCCUCUAGGAUUAGAUUUAUAUCCCGGAACAUACUACUACUGUGAUGGGUCAAACGGCCCCCUCCUCAAACGGUUCUGUGAAAUGCAUACUUCAGGGUCUCUGAAACCUUUGUACCCUUUAGGUGCCUUAUCUCUCAAGGUACCUAAACACUUUAAGGUCCAGACCCAACAGCAAAACCACUAUUUCUUUACAGGAAUACUGACUGGAUACUACCUGAUUCUAGACUGAGACAGGGAUGGCCCACAGUUACCAGGGCAAUGGUACUGUAUCUGGGGCUUCUGCACUGAUACUCAGGGAAGCUCAUCUUUUUUAUAUUGUAUGUGGUCUUUACGUGGGGACUUAUACUUGAAGUUUUCUGAACAUCCCUGAACAAAAUAGGACUAAAAUUCCUAAUUCACCUAAACUCUGGCAGAUACCUACAAAUCUCUAAAACUGGACUUCUUUCCCAAAUGGGAAAGAUACCAGCAGAGCUGGAGAAGAGAAUGACGAGCUUCCCCCUGCUGGUGAGGAGGCAUCUGCCAUGCCCCUACUGGGACAGCAACUCUAAUCUUUUCAGGACAGCACUCUACUCCUGCUAAGAUUAAAGCUUCUUCUCACACUGGACUAGCAUAGGCAGGGAUAGAUUUAGUCUGCACCCUCCCUGUGUCAUUUUAAGGCUCCCUGAAGGCUGUGCUCACUACUGAAGGACACGGUGGUCAUCUCCCCACCCUCUGAAAGACAAAGCACAUGAAUUUUGUUUGUCACUGCUCUGCGAGGCCACCAGAGACAAUAUGUCAGGAACGCUAAGGACCUCCAUUCCUGGAAGGCCUGCACUGCUCCCCAAGACUUUUGGUAGAUGUCUUCUGGAAAUUAGUUGGAAGCAAGGGCAUUUUGAUAUCUGCCUUAGUAAUAUAUUGAAGUACAAAGUUUCUUUCACUUUUGCCUUCCUGAGAACAUUAUAAUCCUUCUCAACUCAGACCUUCUCAUUGAUUUUGAUGAAGAUGAUGAUCUUUAUCUCCACCUUCCCCCACAAAAUAAUAAAAAACAAAAGUUCACACUUUAGUUUUCCAACAUAUAGAAAACAUAGUUUUAUUGUGUAGCUCUACGGCAGUGUUUAUCGUUUUUCAGUGACAUGGAUUAGGGGAUCCGUGGAACAUCCAGGAAAUAAGUCUUUAAACAGUGUGUAUGUUGCACAUACACAACUAGAAGGCCAAAAGUUUGUUCGUUGGAGUGCCUCAGCUGCUAUGAUCGUUCUGUUCUCAGCCUUGGAACUGACAGUGUGGCUUGAGGAACACACAACAGUCUUCUCUGAAACAAGCCUGACUGCAAGGUGGGCAGUUUAGAACCAUUUGCUUCAACCCAACUCCCAUCCAGAAUGCUCUAGUGGAGACAGCUCUACCUCAGUCCCAUCACUACAGGCUCUCGGGCAGCUCCUUCAAGACAGGUGCAGGGCAGAGAGUGCUGGUCUAGGGUUACAGCCCAAGUGGCUCUUAAAGCCAGCAAAGAUGUGCUCUACUCUGCAAACAGAGUUCCAAAGAACGGAACUGUGUUAGACUUGAAGAUCAGAUUAGCUGCCUUCUUCUCUCUGUUGGUUUUUUGUUGUUUCUGUUUUGUUUUGUUUUUGUUUUUGUUUUCUUUUAGAGACAGGGUCUCACUAUGCAGCCCUGGCUGUCCUGGAAUUCACUCUGCAGACCAGGCUAGCCUCAAACUCAGAGAUCUGCCUUCCUCUGCCUACUAGGUGCUGGGAUUACAGGCGAAUGCUGUCUAGCCCAGCUCCUUUCAUCCUUCCUGAUCUUUAGGAAUCUAAGAAACUGCCUUAGAAACAAAGGCUUCUAUAAGUUGGCUUCUUCAUCCUUUAAGGUGACAGUUUCAUGUCUGGGAACCAACAUGAAAUCGCUCACUUUUCUUCUAAGCCCUCUUAGCCAAGCAGCUUUUGAAGCAAUAGAAAAUAUCAAGUAACAAAAAGGUACUAAUGUGCUGAUACCCAUGGCUGAAAUGUUGUGCAUCAUGCUUGUCAAUAAAAAGCUGUCAGUGAACCAGGCAACUA